GUUGAGGAGAAGCACGAGGACACUUAGGAACUGUUUUGUUAUUUUUUCAAUAUGUAUUGAUGAGGCCAGAUUUGUUUUUCGAGGCGUGUUAUUUCCAAUCCACGACAUGUGGCGGGUUCCACAUUUAAGACACUUGUCACGAUCUCUGUGUUCUCCUCUCAACAGGUGGCGCUGUUGUGCUUUAGAGACGAUGGCGCCCUCUUUCUUCCUGACGUUGGCGCUUCUUUUGGCGCUGACGUCUUUGUCCCUCGCCGCCGAUCCUUCCGUCGUCCCUCGCGGGAAGAGGAGGGGCCGAUCCGGAGGACGGUCGCAGCACCCCCUGCGGGCCGCGCCGGGCUACGACAACGCGAGAGUGACGCGGAGGAGUCGGGGAGGCGGGACCUCCUCGCACGGGCCGGCGCGACUCCCGGCCCGCCCCGUGGACAACGGCGGCGGCUUGGAAGGUCUGCGUCCGGUGCGGGUGGAGACGGGUCCGGGCGGAGCCGGCCUAAGAGAGAACCAGCUGGCGGGGACGCGCAAGGGAAAAGGACGCGCUGACAAACCGCAACUCAGGAGGCACGGGGGGAGGCGGGACAAAGGACGACAUGGGCACGGUUUCCUUCCGGAGCCGCAGUCGGGCGUCCUCCUGGACGAGCCCCGUCCUCCGUCCUCGUUUCCUUUGGCCCCUCUGGGUGACGGCCUCUCCCCCGACUCCGCCACCUCGGGCUCUGGCUCCUCCACGAUCCCCGCGGUGACCAACGAGCAUCCCCCAACGCUCCCCUCGGCCUCCGCCAAACCUCCGAGGUCCGGACGAGGGAAAGGCCAGGGCGAGGUGAUGCCCACCCUGGACAUGACGCUCUUCGAUUGGACCGACUACGAGGACAUGAAGCCUGUGGACGCGUGGCCAUCCUCCAAGAAGAAAGGUCCGCCUGAAAAACUUGGACAGUUUUUGAAAAAGGCCUCCGACUUGUUUGUUUUCUCAUCUACAGACAAAAAACAGAGUAAAAAUCUCAGCCGCGGGAACGGGACGGCGGACGCUGACGACAUUGAACCAUGCGACCACCACCUGGACUGUCUGCCCGGUUCCUGUUGUGACCUGAGGCAACACGAGUGCAAGCCGCACAACAGAGGCCUGAACAACAAGUGCUACGACGACUGCAUGUGCGAGGAAGGCUUCCGUUGCUAUGCUAAAUUCCACCGUAAGCGGCGCGUAACGAAGAGGCGGGGCCGCUGUGUGGUGCCCGAGUCGGUCAGUGGUGACCACGGAGGCUUCAUCACUGUCUGAAGAGGAAGAUAAGGACGAAAACCCGUGGGGAAGACGGCGACCGUGCUUGAAGAGGUGUGGAUGUCAACGGGUGGACAUUUUGAAGCACAAGGGAACACUACCCCACCAAAUUUAUCCCGAGACUACCCUAACUGUAACCCAGACUUUACCUGAGAGCUACUCCAACCUAAAACCAACAUAACCCCAACUCUACUCCUAAUCCUAACCCUAACCUCCCCUCUACUCCACCCUAAAACCAACAUUACCCCAACUCGAAUCCUAACCCUAACCCUAACCUCAGCACUACUCCAACCUAGACUAACAUGACCCCAACUGUAAUCCUAAUCCUAACCCUAACCUCAGCACUACUCCAACCUAGACUAACAUGACCCCAACUGUAAUCCUAAUCCUAACCCUAACCUCAGCACUACUCCAACCUAGACUAACAUGACCCCAACUGUAAUCCUAAUCCUAACCCUAACCUCAGCACUACUCCAACCUAGACUAACAUGACCCCAACUGUAAUCCUAAUCCUAACCCUAACCUCAGCACUCCUCCAACCUAGACUAACAUGACCCCAACUGUAAUCCUAAUCCUAACCCUAACCUCAGCACUACUCCAACCUAGACUAACAUGACCCCAACUGUAAUCCUAAUCCUAACCCUAACCAAAGCACUACUCCAACCCAUAGCCUACAUUACCCAAACUCUAAUGCUAAUCCUAAACCUAACCAGUUGAAUCUUGGCCUUGGAAGCGUCAACACCUCCAAACCUGCUGUGACUGUGCCAAUAGACCUGAGGAAGGCUCAGAGAGCCGAAACGUUGUUGGGCAUGCAUUAUUGACCAGUAACAGCGAUUGAUUAAUUGAUUCUUGAUUGAUCUAUCGGUUAUUGAUCCAUUUGUUGAUUUGUGAUUGAUUUUUAAAAAUCUUUUCAUUGCUGUUUUUUUCAAUACAAAUUGUUGUUUUUGUCAAUUAUUUCAUCGAAAAAUAUUCAUUUGGGAUUAAAAUACUUCUAAAAACUACUUUUACAUUAUAAAUACAAUUGACAUUUAAAAAUUAAUUUACAAAUAAAUAAAUGAUUACUUUAAGACACAAAUAUAUUAAAAAUGGGCAGCGAUAGGGAUGAGGGAGAGUGGAACCUUGUCCGGUACGGACGACGUCGUCGAUACGACCGUCAAGACCGGAGAGCUGGAAGGGACAAUGGGGAACGUCGGGGGAAGGACCGUGCGAAUUACUCCCGAUCCUGGGACCGGUACUUUGAGUAUCGGGAUUCCAGGAAAGGGAGUAGUCGGACUCCUUCGCCUAACCUCAGCACUACUCCAACCUAAAGCCUACAUGACCCUAACUCUAAUCGUAAUCCUAAACCUAACCCUAACCCCACAGUACUACCCUAACCCUAAACCCAACACUUUCCUAACUCUAACCCUAACGUUUACCCCACCACUGUCACCCUAACACUACCCUAACCAUACCCUAACCCCUACAAGUAAGAUCAGUUUGCUUUUUUAUAAUGUUGAUAACAGUAGGCGGGAAUCUCACAUGUCCAAAUGUGAUCAAUUUCAUAUCUUCGUCACAAAUUCAUACGGUUGAUCUAUUGCCACACUGUCUCUUAUUUCUGUUCACUAUUAAACCCGAUUUUAGUGUUGUUUUGUGUCGCUGUUGAUGAGCGCGCAAGCUAACGUUCAACAUUGACUUGAAUGAAGCAGCAUUCAGUAUCUUCAACCAGAUGGCGUUUAUUUGCUUUCCUGAAAAUCUAGAUUUGAAAAAUGUGAGGAUUCCGCCCGAUAGUGGCGCUAUCUUUUUUCUUUUUGUGGGGGUGGGGGGUGGGGGGGUGGUGUCAUUUGUUCAAGUGCUCCAGGAACAAUUGCUGUUCUGCGAGGUUGUUGACGUUUAUCUCGCAGAAAGAAAUUAUCAUUUGUCUUUUUGUUUCCAAGUGAGUAUCACACGCAACUACCCAAUAAGUUUUGUAAAUAUGAAGGUGUUGUUUUCUUUUCAGAUUUUAGUCGGGUUUAUUGUUCCACUCGUUUUAAGUUAUUGUCUAUUUAUUUAUUUCCUGCAUUGUGGUUGCAUUUUAAGAUGAAACUAUUUGUUCUGUAACAAAUAUGAAGCACUCAAAAUGUCAAUUAAAUUCAUUUUUA